GUAAAAGCCAAAAUGGCGGACAGUGGGGGAUUGGAGUUCCAAGCUGUUAGGGAAAGAUUAAAGGUAUGCUUCUCUCGUUCCAUUGAUGAAACAAGUCCAGUACAAAAAUCUGAGAAAAAAUUUGGUUCUCCUUUGCAGUCUUGUGUAAACAAAGCUAAGGAUGAUAAUGACGAGACGGAAUUAGUUGCUGCUUUCCAAAGUACAGCUGGAAGGUAUCAGAGUAUGUUACUUAUAUGUUAAGCCUUUAAAAACUCACCUUCGUGUGGCAUGUAGUCGCUAGUUCAGAACUAUUGCACAGUUUUGUCUUUUGUUUAUGGUCUACCAGUAUAAUACAAUAUAAUGACUGCGUAAAGAAGUUGUGAAUGACGAUGGUGAUACUAGACAUAAUUAGCAUUGCUGCUCGACACGAUUUACAGCACCACUUAAAAGGAAGUGUACAGUUUCAAGUCAAAACUUGAUCCUUGAUCCCCGAAACUAUUGAGAAUCGAGGCUCGAUUAUAAUAAUCGAGAAUAAUCGAAAAUCGAAGAUUGUGUUUCAAGAGAAUGUCAAUAUACUUUUGAGCUGUGUUGUAAGUUCGCCACGCAAUGUGUGCUGAGUUUGUGAUUAUCGUAAUAAUGAUAAAUCUUCAUAGAAGCCUAACUGAGCUUGCAGGGAUCUUUUGUCACUAGAUAAUGUAUUACAUUUGAUAUCCUAGAAAGUGGUAAAUUGAUAGUGUGACAUAUUUUUGUCUGUGACUUUUCCAUUGUUUUAGUGAGCAGGAGAGAAAACUGGUAGUUGAUCAAGUUUUCAGAGAUCUUGUUAAAGAUUCAGUGGUGAGUAUUUGCAUAGUUGGAGCAGCUCUGUGUACAUGUGCUUGUUAUAUUAUGAUGAUAAGCUAAUCUAUAUUCACUGAAUGUAUUUACAUGAUAAGCAGAGAUUAUUCCAUGGAAAGUGCACAUAAACAAAUUUUAUUUACUAGUUGCAAUGCAUCAAAAAAACAAACCAGUGAGUGCAGAGAACAAUUGAGUUUUUUAAUGCAUCACAUAGAGAGAAUAAAUAUUGUACGUGUGCACUUUCCAUGGUAGUAUAUUUUUAUUUUGUGCAUACUGAGUUUUUUUCACUGACCCACACAUUUCAAAGAUUGGAAGUCAUUUGUUGUCCUCCAUUGUGAACUACUAUGGUUCAAGUCUCUGAUUGGACAAACAAUUUAUUUUCACAGUUGUACAUUCAGUAUGGCUGAAAUAUAUCAGUAUUAAUAAUAGCAAAUACUGGUAUUUUGUAAUGUCCAGUUGAUUCUGAACAUGAUGCAAGCAUAUGCGUGAAGUGGGUAGAAACCAUGUUGGUAAAGGGGAACUCAUGAUAUCUGGGUGAUGCACUUGGAAUCAUUUGAUAUUGCAGCAUACCUUCCUAAUGAAAAUGAUCAAAACAACUCCUGAUUUCUCGAGUAUCUGUGCCACCAAGACAAGGUGAAGAGAUGAAAAAUUGUUUGCCAUGUCGUCUUUCCAUGUCCAGGGUUCCUCAUCUUGAAAACAUGAAGUAUGGCACCUCUCUGUGAACAAGUUGCAUUAAGAACAUCAUUAUUCAUUAGAUCUCUCUUAUAGCCAGCUCAAUUCUAAUCUUUACCACCUGACUUCUUCUUCAGCUACAUCCCUGGAUGUACAUGUAAGACCCAAAUAAAUACGACAGAGAAAUAUGACAAGAACUGUAAUUUAUGUAUUUCAGCUCAAAGGGGGAGAUAUGGACAGAUGCAAAGUCUUGAUCAAGUUGGUUAUCAAAUCAGCUCUUCAAGGUGAGCUCAUUCCUUAACACCCUAACGUCAGUAUGUAUAUUCUCCAAACUGUUCCCUAUACAUUUCCUAAGGCGGUGAUAAGGAGAAUUUGUAUAAUAAUCAAGAGCCUCUUCAGUUAGCGAUUAUUUCCUUUAUUCUUGUGACCUUAAUGUGUGAUUGGGGUUGUAAGGAGAAAUUAGGUGCUAAUCACUCUAAGGGGUCAAAGAGUUAACCCUUUAACUUCCAAGAUCUGAUUGUUAAUUCUCCCUUCUAGCUGCUACACAUUUCCUUGUAAAUUAGUUAUGAGAACUUGGUACUAGAUCAAGGUAGCAGCUUCUACCUGAUAAGUUUGAAUAUUCUCAUUACCUGUUUGCUGUAUAAUGUAUGGAUAUUAUAGGUAGAAGUUUCCCACAAAGCGGGAGUCUGAUUUGUUAAUCAUGAGUAUAAUUACAGACAGAAUUGGAUGACAUGAAUUCCUGUAACCAAUUAAUCAAAACUAUGACAAAAUUUGAGAAAGAAUUAGACAUCUGCUAUAUGUUUUCAUAAAAAAAGACAACAGUUAACUCGGUGAAAUAAGAAACAUCAGCAUGCGCACAUGACAAGUUCUGUCCCCUUACACAAACAUGAUGUGUUGACUACCCCUUUAACUGUCCUAUUACACUAUCCGAUUAUAAGCAUGAUGUGUACACUGUCCUAUGGGAGCUCAAAUCGGGUCGGUGAUAAUCAAUCAUUUUUGGGAAUUUUGUUAUAUUUUUUAUUAGACAAGUAAUUAGCUACACUUAUGAUAGAAGAAACUCUUUGUUCACUUUCUUUUUUUUUUUUUUUUUUUGUUACAGGAUACUGUUCCCCCAACUUAGUGUUCAUUUUAUUAAGUGACAUUUUUGACUGCAUCACUCUGGAGAAUUGUGAUCCACUUUUCACAUUUGUAGAAGAAAAGGUUUCUACUUGGACUAUGGUAAGCCAAGACCUUCAAGUUAUUGCUCACAAAUAGAUGAAGAGGAAUUAAAUGACUGUGCUUUGAAUUAUAUUCUGAUCGUGUAACCCAGAAGGACAAUUAUUUUUGAUUCCUCAAUCAGCACUGAAGCCUGACUUUAUUUAUCAGAAUCUUGGGAGUAACUAAUUUCUGGUUUUUAAUUAUUGAUGGAAUAUUACCAUCAUUGUAUUAUUAUGAAAAGCUAAAUUCUUUGUGCAUUUUUGUGGGUUAUUGCUGGGGGGGGAUUUUUUUUUAUCUUGAGGACAGAUGCCUAGAUAAGGUCAAUAUUUACAACCAUAUUGUUGUGUCUGUCCAGUAGUACUGUAGGUCAUAGAAGAGGCAAAAAUGUGGUGAGAACCCAAGUGACACUUGGCUGCAUCUCUUGUGCCAUCUUUUUGUCCUUUCUGCCUUAUGACAUCAUCUGUGAUCUAUUUCUGAACAGACACACAACAUGUUGGAAUUUGUUUGUAAACUGUACAUAGAUUCUGCAGGAAAAUCAUGUGUUCAUCCCUUAACUCUACCUGCCCUUCACUUAGCCUCAUUUAAGAACUUUAUGUAGCUUUAAUCUUAUUUCGAUUUGAUUUCAGCCAUUAUUCUUUUCUGCUGGAAAGAACCUUCUCCUUAGAAUGUGUAACGGUGAGGUUUUCAGUCUUAAUAGAAGUAUCCUAAUAGCUAAGGGUAUUUAUUUGAUUAUUAAUAAGUACCCAACCACGAAAAAAUGCCUACCUUGAAUUAGUGCCCACCCUGUUGAUAGAAAAAGUUGAUAAAUGUCCAGCUGUCCAUUUGAAAUUCUCCCCACUAUCUGCUAUAUAAUUCAUGUGAUACAGCUUUGAAGAAUUUAAUAUUGGAUCAACUUAUAAACACCUAAUUGAUAUAUUUCUUUAUUAUUAUCAUUUGCCUGCUUGAUAUUGUAUGAAUAUUGUUAAAGAAAUUCUUUCUUGAUUGCUUCUGGGAGUUACAGGGUGAGUAUACAAUAUAAAGACUCUCUAUGAAUGAUUAAACUUUCACUGGUAAACUUUUUUAGACUUGCUACGCCGCUUAUCAACUUCCCAGAACACAGUAUUUUGUGGAAGGAUUCAGCUGUUCCUGGCAAGGCUGUUUCCCCUUUCUGAAAAAUCAGGUGAGCAAGUAGUCAUUGCGGCAUGCAAUGUUUUGGCCUCUGCUGUGAUCUUUGAUAGAAACACAGUACAUGUAAAUUGGCUCUCUUCAUUUUUCAGUUUGAACAAAAGGUAUAAUAAAAUUAAAAGGACAUGUCAAUGUAUCUCAGUCAGUGGAUUUAACUGUUCAGAAUAUUAUUACAUUAAGCUGUUGGUACAAUGUAGCGUGGGUUUUACACAUAGAGAGUUCCUUGUUACUGUAAAACUAGGGUUGAUAUAGAUCCUGGAAAGUCAUAAAAUUUUAGAAUUUCAUUUUCCAGGCCUGGAAAGUCAUGGAAUUUAGGUUUGGCUCUUGGAAAAUCAUGGAAAGUCAGCAGGCUUUCUAUCAGUACAAUAAAAUUUUUUGACCAAAUUGAAAAAUUGAUCAACAAGUUAAAAAUUAAAUUUCAGUAGAAAUAAGCAUUAGUGUGUAUUGCAAGAUCUACAUUUAUGUACACUUUUGUUUGCACUGCUUUCUUGUGUGACAUUUAUGCAAAUUUGUGUGCCAUUUGAAAUGAACCAAUCAGUACACCUGCUUAACUAUGGUCUUGGAAUUUUUUGAAAAUCACGGAAAAAGUUCUUAAAAGUCAAGGAAUUUUCACAACUCAAAAAUCUGCAAACCCUAAAAUUUGUUUUAGAAUUUGCAUUUUUGCAAACAUUUUCAAAACUGCAGGUCAUGUACCUGAGUAAGAUCAAGGAUAAGUGUAAGUUGGUAUAUUUGAUGUCGAGACUAUUACAGCUGAAAUUAUAGGCAAGGAUUCAAAGCUUUCUCCAUUUUCAAUUUACAUGUAAAUGAGUUUACAGGGUGUAUAUUCAUUGAAGCAACCAAUGUUCAACUUCUUUCUGAAGACUCUGCAUAUGAUUUCUUUCAACUUCUUUUCAAAAACGUUUUGGAUCAAUGUUAAUAUCUGAGCAACUUUGCACCUACCCUACCCUCCCCUCACCCAACAUUAACCCUAGCUUGUUAUUAGUUGACUGUUGUUGGGUUAGGGGAGGGGUAGGUUUUCAGUUGUUGUCCCACUUUUUUUCCAAAAUUUUUGUUGUCAAACCUGACAUGUUGCUUAUCUGCAGGUGCAGCCUAUCUGCGAGCGUUCAUGGUAACUUCUUAUAGAGUGAUAUUCAAGUCUUUUAAUUUUUCUCUUCUCUAUACUUCAGGUCUGAAUUUAAUGAGUCAGUUUAAUUAUGAGAACACCACAACAUAUACAAAACAAACAACUGCUGAACUGAAGGUAAUUGUGAUGUAAUUGAUAAAAUUAACCCUUUGACUCCCAUGAGUGACCAAGACAGAAUUUCUCCUUACAAUUUCUGUUCAAUAUCAACCAGAUACAGGGGGUGUUAGUGAUGAGAAUAAAGGAAAAUAUCAAUUUGGGAAUAAUUAGUUGAUCCAAUACUAAAUUCUCUGAACUAACAUUAGAAGGAUUGUAUGGUUGACAGUAAGGAGAAUUAGAAAUUUGAUCUGGGAGUUAAAGGGUUAGGCAAUAAUUAGGUCAUGAGUGUUACAUUGUUUUGUUGUUCAGACACGGUACUGCACAGCUCAGCUGCAGCACAUAAUUAAAGUAAAUUCUGUACCCAGGCUGAGUUGCCCCAUUUCUGGCCUUCUGUUGAUUUUCUCAGCAUUACUGACUAGGAGCCCACACAGAGACAGUUGUAGAGAUUCAAAUUCAUCACACAGGGUUGUCAUUAGAAUAUAAAGAUAUUACAAUGUAAUUAGAAUGUUGUACUUUCUUAGAUAGCUUUUUUCUUCUUAAUUACAUGUAGCAUUUGAUUUAUUUUGGUAUUAUUAAUUGUAGGACAAAGCUAUCGGAGGUGAAAUGGAAGUAGAUGGCCAGGAAGCUGGGGAAUUAACAACAAGGUAGAAUGUGGAGCAAAUUUGACAAUUUCCUGAAAAUAUCCACACUUUGCAUUUACACUGUCAGUUCUGUGGAUAGUGUUGGAGGUCUGAGGACUCAUCUUUGAAUCUGAUGUGUUACUUGACUUGGCUUUGAAAAAGUUUCUUUGGUUUUUUUCAAGACAACAGUCAAUGUAAAGAAUUUGAAGCUGCACACUAUGAAUGGAAAAUAAUACUGACAAUAAACUGAUGUCAGCUCUGGAAAAAAUGAAAUGAAAAUUAAAGGUCCACCCCCAUAGACACUUCUUCACUUCUACACCUCUAUGCUUGGUUACAUGUACAUGUAGUUUUAUUAAAGCAGUGUUAGUAAUAGUGUAGUCUAGCAUUUUUUAAGGUUAUUUACAAAUUGAAUUUAUUCCACAGUACUGUCCCAAUUGACUUCAACCUGUACAAGAAAUUUUGGGCAUUACAAGAUUAUUUCCGUAAUCCCACUCAGUGUUACACCACUUUGGCCUGGAAAACAUUCACACAGGUGAGUAAACCCUUCAACUCCUAGAUCAAACUCGUAAUUCUCCUUACUGUCAACCAUACAAUUCUUACAUAUAAUGUUAGUUCUGAUAAUUUGGUAUUGGAUCGUGUAAUUAUCCCCAAAUUGAUACUUUUCUUUAUUCUCAUCACUUAUCUGGUUGAUAUUGUAUUGAUAUUGUAAGGAGAAAUUCUGUCUUGGUCACUCGUGGGAGUUAAAGUGUUAAGUCUUGUUUCAGAGUAAACAAAUUUUUUUUCUAUAAUGAACAUGUCUUCAAAAAAUAUGGUUUUUAACACAUACACUAAAAUUAAAUGACUCUUUGGUUGAAGUUGUUGCAGGGUACUUGGUUACAUUGCCCUGGUGCUUGUGUUGAAGAUUUUCAUCAACCCAAAAAGAACCUCAAACUGCUUUAAUUCCUGCCUAUGAAAUAAAGGAUUUCUGAUGAAUAAAGAAUUUGUUGUUUCUCUUAGGAUAUAGAAUGUAGAUUCAAGCUAUCAGUGUAUGUCAAGACUUGUUUACUGUAACACUUUCUUUGCUUCUAGUAUACAAAAGAAGUUCUAAAUGUGUUUAGAAGUGUCAAGUUGGAACAUGUUACAUGGAAAAAGAAAGCAAAGGAGUUUAAAGAUCUCCAGGGAAGGUACUGUUGGAGAGCUGACUACAAUAUUAAACCUAUCCAUCUUAGAUUUGUGAACACAACAGAAGCAUGUACAAGCACAGACAUACAACUCAGCCAAACAAUUGUAUUCAUAGUGACAUUUAAGGCAAUAAAAUAAAAGCUUAUUUAAAUUCAUGAUUGAAGGAUAAGAGAGACUGAGAGAGAAAUCUGCCUACAGCAUAUCCCAGUUUCUUAUGUGAAAACCAUAGAGGACUGUUGCUGCUCCCCCUGGAUGGAAUGCUAGUAUAUCUCAUGUUUUCCUUCUUCUUGAUCCCCAGUAUUUUUCACAUUUCUGUUAGAAUUUCCUGGGGCAUUAGUAAGGCUCCAGAUGUCAAUGAACUUAAGUUAGCUGCUGAAAACAUUGGGUCAAUUUCAGCAAAAAUGGAUGUUUAGAGCCACAUCACAUGUUGAUUUUAAAAUUGUAAAUUAAAGAAAAGGCUCUGAAAAGGUGGUUAGUUUCCAAAGAAUUUACUGGUAGCUUGUGUGCUAAGGGGCUGAUGCUUGCAACAUCUGCUAUUGAGAAUUGGUUGUGACAGUUAAUCUACCUUGAUAUUUUACCAAUGCUUUGUUGAAAGAGGUGCUAAAAUUUAAACAUUUUGUUAAAUUUGGUACAUCUUGCCGUUGUUUUAAUAUCUCUCAUACUGUAUGCUGAUUCAUGAACGUGACUGUAAGAAAACUUUUUUUUUUUUUUCAUCAGUGACAGCAAAGAUCUGGCUCGCUAUUUUGCCAAGUUUCUUACUAACGAGAAGGUAAUUUCAACAAUUGAAUUACUUGUGAGUGUCUGCAUAUGAAUUUUGUAACAUUGUCAGCAAGAAUCUGACACUUUUUUUUCUCUAUCUUUUUGCUGUGUGAAUAAAGCUCCUUGAUCUUCAACUAAGUGACAGUAACUUCAGGAGAACUGUAAGUGAAUCAUUGUUAAUACAAUUUAUCCAAAAUUAAAAAUGUCUAAGGGGCUUCAUAAAGAGCUUCCAGAGGUUCAUACGGUGGAGUUUUAUGUUGACAUUUUCCAGUACUGGAAAGUCGUGGGAAAAGAUUACAGGUCCCAGAAAGUCCCUAGAAAUCUGUUUAACUCAAGCAGUAGAGUUUUCUGAAUUUACGUUAUGAGAAAUGUAAGUGGACCGUAUGGAGAAUUGAUUGUAAAAUCUUGGAAAUAAAAGAGUUUAGGGUAAAAACUGGAGUUCUGGAAAAAUCAAUCAGAGUCUUAGAAAACUCCUCGCAAUUUUUUUUCUGAAAAGGGUACGAACCCUCCCUUAUUUUACGUCCAAUUUUUUGGAGAUUGUUAUGCAUCAUUUAACUGUAUACAUCAUUAAAAAGUAAAUAUGUCAAAAUCCGAUUUAGUCAUGCACAAUAAUCCUUCCUUUUUUUUCAGAUCCUUGUACAAAUGUUAAUAAUAUAUCAGUACCUUGCUGGUAAUGUCAAGUUUAAAAGGUGAGUUAUUUAUCUUAAUUUCUUACUCAUUUAUUUGUCCUCUUUAAUUUCUCUGUUUUCUUAGCAAAGGCUUUCAUAUCGUUUUUCUGAGUUACCCCUGGAUGGGUAUAACCAGGAGACUUCCAUUUUUUCCAUGCUUGCAAUGUACAUAUUAAAUUGAGGUAUAACACAGCGGUGUGUUUCCAUACUGAGAUGAAACUCAGAUCCAUUCAGACCACAGCAAAUAAGGACACUAAAUCCCUUUGAUAAUGGUCCAACUGCACAUAAAAUUUGAAAUAAGGAAGAAAUUGUUGAACGUUAGGAAAGGUACGGCGUAUAAUCAAAACUAUAACAGAAUUCUCGAACGUGAUUGGUUAUAACCAGUCCGAUUUGAGCACCAAUAUGACAGUGUACGCAUCAUGCUUGUCGUCCAAUUCUGUCUGUAAUCAUACACGUGAUAAACAAAUCGGACUCCCGUUUCGCGGUCGUCCGAUUGCGAUUACAGACCAAGUUGGACUCACUCGGUCCUAUUACCAUUAUAAAUCACUGCGCUGAAUGACAUUUCAUUUUAAAUUCUAAUUUGACCUGAAAAUAGAGGACAAGAAAUGCCAUUCUCGUUAUUAUUCCCAUUACAGUAGUUGCUUACUCGAAAGACUUUUGACUUUAUUUCUAGUUAAUUUUUGUGUUUCAUUAUUCAGCACAAACCAAGUACUGAGUGAGUCUCAAUCCACGUGGAUCAAAGAUGCAACAUCUCAAGUAUAUGAAGUAAGGCUUUCUUUCUUAGCAUCUCUUAUGUAGGAACGUUGCCAACUUAAGUUUAAAUACGAAUAAGUUAAAAUUGCUCUGAACUGCAUGAAGAGACCUUUCUGAAAAUGUUUCCAUUAAGAUGUAUUUGUUUUGCUUUUUGCAGUUGUUGAGAGAAACACCACCUGAUGGCGAUAAAUUUGCGAAAACUGUUGAGGUUUGUGUUACAUUCUACUUGGAUGUAGUUGUGCAACCAAAACCUUUUCUGAUGAGUGGCUAUUGUUGUUUGAUUUACGAGGUUAAGAACUUGUGAGAGGGAUCGAAGAUUUGCCGUUAAAUAAUGGGGGAAGUUAAGGUUAGGUUUACGUGAUUUUGCCGUUUGGCGAGUACAAAAAUUGAGAAGGUUUAGUGGCCGGAAUUACAAAUGAAAAACUUGGAAACUUAAGUUUAAAAUUUGGCCUGAGUGUGAGUGUGAUUCUUCAUUUCUGCAAACUCGAGCACUUCAUGAAGUAACAAAAUGAGGUCGCCAAUCAGAGCGAAGGAAAAUAUCACAACCAAUCAGAACUCGAAGCAAAAACAAGCAAAUUGCUCAAAGCGCGGGAAAAAGUGGGUGGACUAGUCGCGACUGGUUUUAGUUUUGAAUUUGAUUGGUUUAGAGAGUGGCGCGAGCUCUCAGCCAAUCAGAGAGCAAAGUGAAGGUUUACUUUCACCUUUAUCACCUUUGUCUCAGUGAUAUGGCAAAUACAUUUACAAAUUUAAGAUUCCGUUGCCCGAUACAAAACCGCUGGUUUUUGGGUUUUAGAGAUAUCGUUUCAGAAGCAUUCAGGGAAGCACGUAUAAAUUCUGAACAAUUUUUUUUUAAAACACAGCAUAUCCUAGAAAGAGAAGAAAACUGGAUAUCAUGGAAGAAUGAAGGAUGUCCAAGUUUCAUUAAAGACAGGUAGCUUUUAAAGAUAGUUAUAUCAUGCCAAAAGUGGCUGCCCUGUGUUAGUCAAAACUAACUUUAUUUUCGUCGUAGACAAACUGUUUCGGACGACUUCUCUCUCUGGACGCAUCCAAAUUAAGCAAUCACAGCUUACAAACACUUUUUCAUUCUUCAGUCAGGAUGAAAACGCCGGGGGAGACGUCGAUCAAGAAAUCAGUUUAUUAUUUCGCUAAUUAUUGUGCUAAUUCUGCGAAUGGCUGGAUGUGUCAAGCGUCUCUUACGGCGUUACAUCUCAACUUUAGCAUAGCUUAUGUGAGGAGCGUUGAGUUCCAAAUGGAAACUUAUUAAAUAAUUUGCCGUCGGGGUGCGCAAAAUCAGGUGAUUUCACGUUGUAGGGGAUUGCUAAGAAAUUCUGAGCAAAGUCGUCUCAAAAACGCACGUAUUGAGCUAUUGUUCCGCCCAUUAGUUCGUCAAGGCAAUACAUCAGGUUGGCAUCAAGGCAAUAAAUCAGUUUGCACGAAUCAGACUUGCAACACUCGACUGACGAAUAAGUCCUUAAUUGACACAACAACUAGGGUCCAGUGGACAGCGUUAACCGGGACCUAGAGGUCAACUUAGUAACCGAACCCCUGCUCACCUCCAUGCACUCAAUAUAACACUCAGAGAAACCAUAGUAUGCGGAAUGAAUACUGUGCUGCAUUGUGGGAGAGAGGGAAGGAUAGAAGUAUGAAAGCUAGGGAUGCAAUCGAACAAGAGUGUAUGGCAAUACCAGGGGUUUCAAUCAUUUUUUCCAUAAGCGGCUACCGAUGAUAUCGUAGGCGGCUGUGCCGUAAAGCGAAACUCAAAACAGCAGAGAGCCAGCUCGCAGGCUAAAGAGUCGGCGGAAGACGGCUGGAAACGUUUUUUUUUUAAACCCCUGGGAAAUACCCUUGCAAACUUGGAGCCCCCACUUAUGACCUUGCUGGGAAUACUGCUUUGACUUGACUUUCCUCUGCCUAAAUAACCACGUGCCCCUUUUAAGAAUCCUGCGCAAUUUUCACUCAGAAAGAGUGAUCUUAGGUUGUUUGUUGUAGCGAAUGCAAAAAGAUUUUUUAUAUGAACGUGUACAUUUAUUUGGGAAUAUUUUCCUUGUGAUGUAUCUGACAUUGUUCAGUAAUUCAUUUUCAGAAGCCAAGAUGAAGUGGCACCCAAACCCACAAGGUGAAAGUAAACUUAUACUCGGUCGAGUUUUCCUGGCUUGAGCGGUAGACUUAGAAGUAAAAACACAAGAAUUUGUCGUGAUUUACGCAAUAAUUCAAGCCUAAUUCAGGCAUUCAGCUAGCAAAACGGAGUGAAAUAGUAAACGACGAAUAGUUAACGGUAGCAACAGAGCGAAAACCAGGGAUGCUAAGGUUCAUUCCGCGACCCGACCCAGACCGUUCUCAUUUUUCUCACCCCUUUGUUACUAUCGCUGUUCGUUUUACCUACUGAAUGUCUUAUACAAACUACAAUACAGUCGAAUCCUGAUAACCCGAAUCUUCAAAAGAAAUUGAAAAAAAAAAUCACAACGUAACGGAAAUGGUUUGGACUGCAGUACACUGUUUGUUUUGAUUUGCCUCGUAUCGACAGACGUUGCUCGACGUUGUUUGAGAUGUAGAGGUUAAAAGUUGCAGAGAGUGUAAGAAAGCGACAAUUCGAGUGAGCGGGAUGUUCGAGUUACCGAGGGUAAAACUGCAAUAGAUGAAUGAUGGAAAUGGUGGGGAAAUCGAUUUUGAUUCGAGUUAGCGCGAGGUUCGAGUUAGCGAGUGAUUAAGUUACCAGAAUUCGACUCUAGUUCCAAAAAUCCCCCCUGAGUCUGACUACUUUUUCUUCUCUCAGAUUUUCUUUUUCGCCUAGAACGUCCUUGGUAUUCUUAGAUAAAUUUCUAUUAUGCAAAAUGGAAUUAUGAGAAAGGGGUCCAACUUAAUAAUUUAUAAAUAGUGUGACAAAUUUUACUUGACAAUGUUCCCAUGAUUUCUGAACAGAAAGCGUAAAGUCAGUCUUGGGGAAGAGAUGGCUUCCGGUUGGAAAUCCAAAAAAGUGCUCAUGGGAAGGUAAAGUGUACUUGUAAAACUGGUUAUGAUGGGAUUAUCUGUUUAAUCCUUGUAUCCUUAUUAAAGAGUGACUGGCAUCUGAUAUCUCCUUACAAUAUCACCAUUGAAGAAAGAAGAAUUUGCUUUGGAUCUUGGUGCGACUCCAUGCAAAAGAGAAGCAAUCACAGGUCAUUCAGACAAGAAUGAAGGAAAUAAGCACCAACUAAAGAAAUUCUUGAUUUUUUAACAAGCUCUCCUUGUCAGCAGCUUGGGAAAUGUGUAGUACAGAGAAUAUUCUUAUUAAUGUUAGAGUGUAAAGUGUUGAAGUAUACCAUAGAAACCGUUUAAUUUUCAUAACUCCUGUUUAAAGUAUGUAGGAAAAAUUACUUGCUUUCGCGUAUUGAGAUUCUAAUUGGAAAGUAGUCGUUCGACUGUCGACAGAUGUAUCGAUCGAGAGCUACGUCGGUAAGUCACCGAUACUUCACCGAGUAUUGAUCGACUGUCUAAAGAAGGAAACUGCGCAAACUCGCUUCUCAUCAUAUUUUUUUCCCCUUGUUGCAGCAAUGAGUUGACUCGUCUUUGGAAUUUAUGCCCGGACAAUUUGGAGGCUUGCAAAGCCGAUAACAGGUAACAGAGUAUGAAACACAUGUGCCGAGAAGCUGUUGUCGUGCCAGGGAUAUCUUAGCAUAUUUUCAAGCUGAAAGAGACUUCUGUUUUAUUUCAAAUAUUUGACCUGUUUUCUCAUAAACUUUCAGAGUUUUUCUCCCAACUCUUGAGGAAUAUUUUUCGGAGGCCAUAGAGCAAGCUGAUCCAGCCGCUAUGGUGGAAGAGGAGUACAAGUAUGGAUGUCUUUUGAAAUGUUCACGCAGAUAUGUUUUCAAUGCAUUUAAUUCAGCUGGUAAUUUCAUUACCGAGCACAAAAUUUCCCAUCCUUCUAAACCCUGUGACCCCUAAGAGUGACUAGCAUCUAAUUUCUCCUUACAAUAUCUCCUAUUAAUCCCGCAUUAAUGUUUCGAGAAUAAAAGAAAUGAUCACCAACUAAAGGAGAUCUUGAUUGUUAAACAAAUUCUCCUUGUCAGCGCCCUUGGAAAUGUAUAGAGAACAGUAUGGAGAAUAUGUAUUUGGAUGUAAGGAUGUAAAGGGUGAAUCAAGGGAUCAUAAGAAAUUUUGGGGAGCGUUACGGAAAUUAUAGUUGUGUCUUGUACUGUUGGUGGGUAAUGAAGUAGGACUGUUUCUUUACUCUCAAUCAAGAGUACUUUCUUUCUCUUGCAGGGUUACAAAAAACAGUAACUUUGGUUGGCGAGGUAGGUUUCCUUCUGCGAACAGAGCAAUUUUCAAUUGAGUGUCGAAAGUAAUCUGGGAUUGCAUUGGUUUUGCUUUACUUCGCUUUAUGAUUGGUCCAGAAAACUCGCGUCAUCCUAUCUAUCAUCCCAGUCAGACGCCAUCAUGACUUGGUCGCCCGCGUUUUCCCGCGUUUUGGGCGGUUGGGUUCUUUGUGUUCUCAUUGGCUCUUAGAUGUAUUUUCCUUCUGAUUGGUUGUUGUGAUUAUUUUGGUUUUGGUUUUAUGAAACUCAAUCGAAAAGCGCUCUAUUUCGACAAAUUUGAUGUUAUGACCACCAAUUUUUUAAAUAUUUUGCGGGGCAUGAUUAAGUCACUCCUCCAUUAGUCCUUCCACUCUAAGGAUCUUAUAAGUAAUUCUCCUUACUUUCUGCCAUACAAUAUUAAGAAUUAUCGUUAAUUACGUUCCACUUGCAGCACUGCGUCUCCUCGCUCGUAGAAGCCAUCACUUUUUCCAGCCAAGCACCAACCCGUUCAAAACGCUUCCAGACUACCUUGAAAGUGUUGUACAACAACUUGCGCAAGAAUUACCGGUAAGACGUCUAACUUCUGUUUGGUUUGUACUACUUCUAGACUCGGUUUUUUUUUCCUCUUAGCUUGUUGCAUGAAAGACGUAAGUCGUAUUUAGCUUUUUAACAAAAUUGACCGACACACUUUUUUUUCAUCAAUCACUCACACGAAAUAAAAUCCAAACUUAGCUUCUUUUAUUCAUUAGCUUAUUUGAAUCAUUUACAGAACUUAAAGACUGAGGAAGGCAUCGUGGUUAAUGGUAAGUGUCACAUUAAACUAAACGCGAAGAUGAUUUUGUUUUUCUUCAUAUUCUUCUGUUGCAAAAUAUUCAUUUUAAAAGAUGAUCUUCAUUGCUUUUUUAUUUCGCGAAUGCAUCUAUAUUUAAAGGGGUAGUGUAAGAGAGAGAGAGUGGACAAAAUUGACGAAUGGGGCACUUGUCGAUUUUUCUUCCAUCGUUACGCUGUUUUUACGUCCGCGAUAAGAAAUGCCGUUUUGAGCACCAAAUCAUAGCGGUAAAAGCCGUCCUUUGCACGACAGAGAAUAUAUCUUACAUCAGCGGAUGUUGUAGGAAUUAGAGGCUUACUGGGUUGUUCCAAUGCUCAAAAGGUACCUCCAAUCACUUGAAUGUUCCCUUGUCUUAUAAUUGGCACGGAUAACCUGAAGUAAAAAGAAAAGCGGGGUACUCUCCUUCAAAAAGUCAUUUUUGGAAACCCACAGAACUGCAAGAUGUGUCUGUACUUGCUCGUUAACGGAUUGAAUUCAUUGCAGGAACCUCGGACUCAGCCGUGCCUAUCACGUGAUGGUACCAAAAGCAAGUCACUGGCUUGUGUCAAGUGAAGACAGCAUCACAUCCGCAAGAUGUUAUAUCCAUUUAAUUCUCUCUUAAUUGUAAUUAAAGCUGUUUGCAAGACCAGACAACAGUUUCAGUAACUUGACUUCACUAAUUUCGUCGACUGAAAUAUCCGCACUGAUGUCGACGUAAGGGUAACGCAGUCUAACCCUGGGUGCCCUGUUUUACUGGAUGGAAGCGAGUUAGUGAGCUUGCGGGCUCUACCUUCAAGUCUUCCUUCCCAGGCCCCGACUGCUUUGUAAUCGUUCGCAUUUCCGCUUGUCUCCAAGGAUCGAGUUCCUUGCACGAUUUUGCGUCGUCAGAAUUCCUGUCUUUUUUCGACGCCUUCUCGUAUAAUCAUGUGUCUAAGGUUUCAAAAGCGGAAAGCGG